CAGUAUUAUCUUUUUUCCACAAUUAAAUGUUAGGUGAAGCCCACAAAGCCCCAUUGCAACUUGAGAGACAAGUUUUCAUGUCCUAAUAGCAAGGACAAAACUUAAGGUCACGUUUGAGAUCAUUAUCUUGGCAAUUGAAAAUGUGUUUCAUACACACACAUAUUGAAAGAAAGAAAGAAAUAGAGAUGGAGCAUAGCUACUUGGCCAAAAAAAUUGUGACAUUGGCUUUGGUUGCCAUAGUGUUAAGCAGUGCUAGUAUAGAAGUGUCGCAGGCACAAGGAAUAUGUAACGUGUCGGGCGAAGGGUUAAUGUCGUGCAAACCAUCAGUCACACCCCCUAAUCCGACAGCGCCUACAGCCCAGUGCUGUAGCGCGUUGGCGCAUGCAGACAUGGGCUGCCUCUGCACGUAUAAAAACUCUCCGUUGUUGCCUUCUCUGGGAAUCGAUCCUAGACUCGCGAUGCAGCUGCCUGAGAGAUGCAAACUCCCUACUCGUCCCCAUUGCUAAAUUAAAGCUCCUUAUAUUCGUAUCGUUAUGUUUGUGUGUAAUUUGCGGUUUUGUUUCUCCUAUGCUUUUUAAUUUCUUUAUGGUUGUAUUUGUAAUUCAGUUGUUUGUUAAGUUUUCGUUGUUAUUGCUUUCAUCUUUUACUA